AUGUCCAGCGUCCAGGAAGACAUCCAGGAAACUUUCAACUUCUACGACAACAAAGGCGAUGGGAAAAUCGCCGCGUCUCAGGUUUUAUUCGAAUAAUUCACACAGACAAUUAGAAAGAAAUAGAAGUUUUGUAUGAAUCUCGAGUCGCGGCGAAAGUUUAAAACAUAAAGAUCGUAAAAAUCAUCAUUUCACGGUGAAAAAUUGAGCCUAUCCGUAUCAAAUUACUCGAAAUAAGCUCCCAAACGAUCAUUUCCAAUGUUUAUUUUCAAUAUUGAAGGUUGGAAGCGCUCUCCGAUCGAUGAUGCUCAAUCCGACGGAGGAAAUCGUCAAUACGAUGACCAAGCAAUGGCAUGGGAAUAUGGGUGGGAAUUCGCUAUAGCUGAUUCACGACUUGGGCCAUCGAAAAAAGGGUCCUGACAUGAUCAGAAAAGAGAUAGUGCCUGGUUCGUGGAGAGUGCAGACAGUCCACGUUCUUUUUUACGUCUUAAGUUAGCCGCGAAUAAGCUAUACAUCAAUGAUUUGAUAAUAAAUCUCGAAAAACUGAUAUAGCCCAUUCCGGGCCAGAUUGUCACGAUUUCUUUCCAUCACUACAGAGGCUUCUUCCUCGGGCGCUCCCGCUGCAUGUGCCUUUCAUCAGAGCUGUUCUCGGGGCGGCCUCGGUCGACCGAGGGCGCCCCGAUUUGCGGCGUGUUCGAGGGCGGACGCGGUCGGCCUUUGGUAAGGGUCAACUCGGUCGACCCGUAGAUACAAAUUUUUUUUUGACUCCCGGUUUUUUGCGAAUUAUAAAAAAGCGAAAGAAGCGCAAGUUUUACUGAAAUGAAAGUGAAACAAAAAAAACAUUUUUAUCGAGCACAUAAAGAAGAAAAACCGAUGAAAUGAGAUAUUAAUCCAAAAAAAUUCAAUAGUUUUUCUAAGUGGCCAGAACAGUUUACAGAACUAGAGAAAAAAAUAAUAAAUAAGAAAUAAUUUGAAAUUUUCACAUCAUCAGGAAUUUCAUUUUUCGCAAAAAAAUUCAUUCAAACCACUAUUUGAAAUAUUAUUUUUUUUAUAUUUACAACGAGAAAAACGAAAAAGAUUCGAAAAAGUGAAAUCAAAAAGCCCGAUUUCUAUCAAAAACAAUAAAAUUAAACUUUUCAUGGAUCAUAAAUAACUUAAACUUUCAUUUUCAAUAUGAAAAACCGAAAUAAAAACAAAAAAUACGGAAAAAAAAAAUCCUCGCGCUCGCUUCGGGGGCCUGAAUGAAAACCGCUUCGCGGGCCGGGGCGCUCCGGGGCGCGUCGCGGUCGGGUCGGGGCGGCCUCGGCCAGGGUCGCCCCGACUUGAGAACAGCUCUGCCUUUCAUAUAUUGGAAAUUUCCCAGUCAAAUUAAAGGCGCAUGCAAGAAGAUAGCUCAUGCAAUUAAAGGAGCAUGCAACAAGAUAGGUUGCGCAAAAAAAAAGGAAAAAUUAAAACCAUAUGCGCCUUUAAUUUGACCUGAAUUUUUCAUCUUAUUAAAGGCGCAUGCACAGAGACAGGUCAUCAAAUGAUAGGAUGCUGUAGCUCAAAAGGAACAAAAAUCGUGAAUUUUUUUUUCAGUAUUUGAUGACUAAUUCUUUCCUUUUAAGCAUUUGAAAAUACUUUUCAACUUUCUAUUCUAUGCAGAAUGUGGGAAGGUUACAAAUAGGUCAUGAUAAAAGUGACAGGAGGAAUAAAUUCAAACUUAAAGGUACAUAAAGGUUUUGAAGUCGAGCCGGCACUCAUUGAUUUUUAAGUCGCUAAAAUGAAAAUCUCUCCAGAUCAAAGUCAGCGUAUACUAAAAGAUUAUAAUCAAGGUCUAUAUAUACUCAGAAGCCCGGGUGUCGCAGCAGGAGUUCACCCCGAUCUAUCACACCGUCGCCAAACAAGUCGGAAAACAGCCAAGCGCUUUGGAAUUCAAUGUGAGUUUCCUUAUUUCCCACAGUCUGUUCAGAUUUUGAAUUUCAAAUCGUCGAUCAAGCUCCGCCCCUAAUAAACCAAUCAGAGAGCGAGCUAAACACAGAAUGACGUCAUUACAUAGUCUGUUCAGUUUUCGAAUGUCAAGUACAAUGACGUCAUUCGAAAACGCUCUAUGGAAGGCUCGCUCUCCGAUUGGUUUAUCGCGCCAUUAGGGGCGGAGUUUAAGCGAUUUGACAUUCAACAUCUGAACAGACUAUAAACUCAUAAAACAUUUCCAAUUCAAGGCCCUCCUUUCCCACUUUGACCGCGACGGCAACGGCUUUAUUCCCGUCGCUCAACUGCGUCACAUGCUCCAAAAUACCGGUUUUAAAUUGAACUUAAAUGAAAUAAAAACGAACCUAUCAAUAAAAACUUUUUUCCAGGCGAAAAAAUGAGCGUCAACGACGUCAACUCGCUGCUUUUCUUGGUCGACGCCGAGGAGGGAAAGAUCAAAAUCGACCAUUUCCUGAAAAACCACGUCCUUCACGACAUGAUGUGA